AUGAAUAAAUCUUUGUUAACAUUUAUCUUGUGCAUAUCUUGUAUUUCAAUAAUCAAUGGUCAAGCUCUUAUUUUGAAUGGUGAUGAUUUGACUGCUGUUCGUUGGUUAGCUCAACAAUUUUAUAUAGAUUGGAGUUUAUUAAAUACAGAUUGUGUUAGUAUCCAGCAAUCAAGUCUUGCACUACUCACUUGUGUUAAUGACACUUCGAACAAUCAAUAUGUGACCGAAAUCUUUUCAAGCUCUAUUCCUUCAAACUAUGUAAAAACAGAUCAGCUCGCACCAUCAAAUACAACCCCUCUAAAGAUGUCAAAGUUAAAAACUUUUGUUAUAGCAUUCCCUCGAGGUAUUCAAAUACCAUCCGCCAAUUUACUAGCACUUUUGGAUAAUGAUCAAAAUACCAACCUUUGGAUGAUAAAGAUCAAUACAAUCGAUAUUGGAAUCCCACUUAACUUUCCAGUAUAUAUAGACUAUGGAAUUAUAUCAGGUUCAACAUCUGCCAAUCUGUUAGCAAAACCAAUGAAAAAUAUUAGACUUGUUAGUAAAACUCCACCUGUUAUCGUUCAAUUACCAUUAACCCAGAAUUAUUCCACACUCAGUUCUAUUAAUAUCGAUUUUGUAAAUUAUGAUUCAUAUAACUUUUCACAAAGUGAUUUUCCAAGUUUAACUGAAAUAAAUUUUGGUUAUAUUAAAAAAGAUAUGAAUUUAUAUGUUCAAUCAAAAUCCAUUAAGACACUAUUAAUAACUGAUACUGUUCCAGCAAAUAUAACAAUAACAGGUUCAACAAAUAUUACAAAUUUAGAGUUUAAAAACCAAACAAUAUAUCCAACAGACUUAACUUCCUAUUCGAUAAGAACUUUCAAAUCUCUAAACAACCAACAAGAUUUUAAACUCAGUGGCAUAUCAACAUUAAGUCGAUAUAAUUAUAAUGGACCAUUCCCAAGUGAAUCAACAUUUAGCACUACAACAUCAAUUUUUUUAGAUUUUCAAGGUGGUAAUAUAGCUGGAAGUUUGCCAUCCUAUACCAACAAUGUUUUAAUCUCAUAUUUGAAAAUAAAUGACUACCCUUCAAUUUCUGGUGCCGUCCCCGAUAAUUAUUGUAGAAUAUAUUCAAUAACAUUAACAAAUACAAAUAUAACAUCUGUUCCCGAUUGUUUUAAAUGUUAUUGGAGUAAAGUAAAAUCAGGAAUGCCAGAAACAAUUACUGCUCCUCCAGUUGAUUUUCAAUGUAAUAUAAGCUUAGACUCUAAAAUCUAUAAAUACCAAGGAAAUUCAGCAAUUACAAUUAGAGGAAAGAAUUUAGGUUUUGCUCCACCUCUAUCAGACCAAUUUAAAAUUUUGAUCCCUAACGAAGUUAUUUUAUUCGUACCACCAAAACCUGGUGCUCAUAAUUUAACUUUUUUACCUGACCAAGGAGCUCAAAAUAUCACUAUCAUAGUUGAUUCUGGAAAUACUGUAAAUGGUCUUCGAUAUCUUCAGAUUCCAAAUGCUAUGAAAAUAAUAUUAGACGGAGUUUUCAACGUAUCAUCAAUACUCAAUGCAACUCUAGAUGGAUUUAAGAAUGAUGACGUAGUUGUUACUGCAAAUAUAGUUAAUUUUACAUUUAAUCAGGUUUUUGAUAUUGAUAAAACUUGUACUUUUGUAUUUAUACCACCAACUGGACCAGAAACAAUGCAAUUUGGUUAUAGAAAAAAUUAUCCAUUUAUAGGAGCAGCAUCAAAUUUAACAACUAACGGUGGUGCUGUCACACUAUAUGGAAGGUUUGGAUCUCAACCUCUUCCUUACAUUUUGAUAAACAAUGUUGUUUGUGCUCCAACUUCAAAAACGGAUAGACUUUUAAUAUGUAUAGUAGGAAGAGUACCAGUUGGAGUUGCUCCAUUGUAUAUAAAAUCUGAUGGUUAUACUUUUUCAACUCAAAUGAUGGUUGAUCCAGCACAGAUUAUCAUAGAUUGUGGAAAUACAAAACCAUUGUGCAAUGGAAAUGGAGAUUGUUUAGCAGCUGGAUAUUGUCAAUGUUAUUCUGGAUUCAAUGGAUAUUAUUGUGAAAAUAAAAUAUUUGAUGGAGGUGUAAUUGGUGAAAAUACAACAAAACCAUCACCAACUUUCAUAGUCAAUGGUGAAGAAUUUUCAUUCAAUAUGAUAUCGAUUGAAGAAUUAGAUUCAUCAAGAAAUGUUAUCAAAUCAAUACCAACAAAUAAUUGGAAUUUCAACACAACAAAGAAUUCAACAAAAACAGUAACAAGAUAUCAAUUGAAUCAUACAUCAUCGGAAUUCAUCGAAGCUACAAUUCAAUAUUCAUCGGAACCAAUGAAUGUUGAAUUUGCAGGAUUAUCAUAUGUACUUCCACCAAACUCAAUCAAACUUUCGAUAUCGAUUGAUGGAUGGACUUAUGAAUCACUCCUCAACACUUUAAGAGUUGUAUUUUCGACACAAUUCGAUGAACAAAAUGAUUGUUCAUUCGAAAAGAAUUCAAUUGGAAACAAUCAAAUCGAUAAUUCAAUCAAUUAUUUGAAGAUUGUCAAGAAUGGAAUAUCAUUUUAUGGUAAAUUUUAUGAUGUUUCACUUUCCGAUGGACAACCAACAUAUUCAUUUGUUGAAGUUGUUAAUAACACCAACCCAAAUGAUAUUUCGAUUGGAAUCAAUCUGAGUCAAUGUCAGAGAUGUUUUAUCGAUCCAGAUUUCUCAUUGUUGGUUGCAGUCAAAGAUAAAUGUGAAGAAAAGAGUAAAACAUGGAUCAUCAUCACAGUUGUUUGUGUUGUUGGUUCUGUAUUAUUAGGAUUGAUUGUUAUUGGUGCAUUCUACCUCAAGAAGAACAAAUCAAAGAUCAAACUUCAAUUAGAAGUUGUAAUGGAAAAAUUCGAAAAAAAAUAA